AUGGGGCCGAAAAAGAGGACGCAGUUCAUCCAGAAGCUCACGCGCAGCUGGAGCAAGUCGAAGCGGCCCGUGCCGGUCGUCGUCGACAGGAAGACGUACGAGGACCCCGCCCGCGUCGCCACGUUGGAGACGGCGGCGGAGGUCCUCAUCCGCCCUCUCCCAGGAACCAUCACCGCGAUUGAGAGAUUCGACGCUCACAAGCAGCAUGGGCUGUACGUGAACACGAUGGACCUGAUCGGCUACGCCGCCCAGUGCAACACCGGUGGGGAGAAUUACCAGAUGUACAUCACGGACAAGAGCGGGUUCGAUCUCUUCCAAUUCGAGCGACGCGUCGGAGGUCUUCGCUGCGCCGGCUGCUUCACGCAGGAGCUGUCGGUGAAAACGGCGACGGGAGAGACGAUGGGGACGGCCGUACAAAAGGCGUCCUGCACCGAGGUCCACAUGAGGGUCAUGGAUCCGGAAAUGAUCAUCGGCACGUACAAGAUCAGGGGAUCCAGCGCACCGAGGAAGGGGGACGGCGUCUUCUUCAAGGUUUAUGACGAGCACGAGAGGACGAUCCUGGGAGCGAUCCAGAUCGACUGGAGGGCGGAUUACCCGGACAUCAGUUCCCCGUGCAUCUUCGGGAUCAAGUGGCUUCCGAAUCUGAUCCCGAAGCACAAGGCGCUCCUCCUCGCUUGCACGCUCGCGCUCAACAGUGACUUCUGGGACCGGCCAGGGACGAUGGACGACUUGCGCGCGAUCCCCCCAGAGGCGAAGCUGGCCCUGCAGACCCCAGAGGAAGAGACGGCCGGGAGCGUCCUGAUAUCCGGAUCCAGCGUUUCCUCCAAAGCGAAGUCAUCCGGUGCAGGUGGAUCCCGCGGAUCCGGAGCUUCUGCGGGCAAAAUAAAGCGAAGCGCUUCCCCUCCAAGCAAGGAAAACUUUUCCGUUGAAGCUGAAAAGAUGCAUAUUGUUAUUCAGCCACAGUCGCUUCGAAUGCGGAACUCACCAGAAGGGUUGCGGACGAGGAGACAGCCGAGAAGGUCGAUGAAGAAGCGGCUGACCCAUGCCUUGGCUCGGAAGGAGGCCCUCGCCGCAGCGAGGAGUCGUGUGGCCGCCGCCGACAUCCUCGUGGUGGAUGCCGGACAUCUCGGACGAUCUUUGGCGAAUCUUCUUUUGUGCGCCUGCAGGGGGCUCGUCUGGAUCGACUGA